AUGCUACUGUGUUUUUUUUUUUACAAAUCUAUCAUAGCCAUCUACAUCUAUCUAUCUCUCUAUUCUAUCUAUCUAUCUAUAUCUAUCUAUCUCAUUCAAAUAUCUAUCUAUCUAUCCUCUUUAUAUUCAUCAUUUAAUUCUUCAUCUAUCCAUAUCUAUCUAUCUAUCUAUCUCAUUCUAUCUAUCUAUCUAUCUAUCUAUCUAUCUAUCUAUCUCAUUCUAAUAACUAUCUAUCUAUCUAUCUAUCUAUCUAUCUAUCUAUCUAUCUAUCUAUCUAUCUAUCUAUCUAUCUAUCUCAUUCUAAUAACUAUCUAUCUAUCUAUCUAUCUAUCUCAGUCUUUUAAUAUCUAUCAUUUUAUCUCUAUUCGUAUCCAUCUUUUUAUGCAUCAUAGCCUUAUCUAUCUAUCUACAAGGAUUCCAUCUGAGUCAUUUCAUAUCUAUCUAUCUAUCUAUCUAUCUAUCUAUCUAUCUAUGACAGCCUGUUCAUAUCAAUCUAUCUAUCUAUCUAUCUAUCUCUGUUCAUAUCUAUUGCAGUAUCUAUCUAUCUAUCUAUCUAUCUAUCUAUCUAUCUAUCUAUCUAUCUAUCUAUCUCAGUCUGUUCAUAUCUAUCUCUGUCACUAUCUAUCUAUCUAUCUAUCUAUCUAUCUAUCUAUCUAUCUAUAUCAGUCUGUUCAUUCAUUCAUCUAUCUCAGUCUGUUCAUAUCUAUCUAUCUAUCUAUCUAUCUAUCUAUUCAUCUCUAUCAUCUAUCUGUCUGUUUUGAUAUCUAUCUAUCUAUCUAUCAUCUCUAUCUCAUCUCUCUAUCUCUCAUCUCUCUCUCACUCUCUCUCUAUCUAUCUAUGUCAGCCUGUUCAUAUCUGUCUCAAUUUAUAUUUCUUUCGCUUAUGUUUAUCUGCUUCUCUUUCUUUCUUUUUUCUUUUUUCUUUCUUUCUUCUUUCUUUUGUCUUUCUUUCUGA